CCGCCUUUGCAGCCCGCGGAGAGGGAAUAUGGCGGGGCACCGCCGGCGGCCCCCGGCGCCGCGCUCGCAGGCGGCCCGGCAGCCCCUGCUCCCCGCCGGGCUCCGCGCCCGCCGGCCCCCGGCGCCGGAGCGACGAGCAGCUCCCCGCAGCUUGCUGCAGCCACGGGGAAGGCUGCGGCACCGGCCCGCCCGUCCCCCGCGGCCAUACUGGAUUCUCAGGACAGAAACUACUACAUGCUCCCAGAAGAUGGCAGGGAGAAAAGUCCUAAUAAUCUAUGCACAUCAAGAGCCCAAGUCUUUGAAUGGGUCUUUGAAGGAUGCUGCGGUGGAAGAAUUGGGCAAACAGGGCUGCAGUGUCACAGUGUCAGAUUUAUAUGCAAUGCAGUUUGAGCCACGAGCAACAAGAAACGACAUAGUUGGCUGCUUACACAACUCAGAAGAGUUCAAUUAUGGAGUUGAGGCACGGGAAGCUUACAAGAGAGGAGAUUUGUCUGAUGAUCUGAUUGAAGAGCAAAAGAAGGUGCAGGAAGCAGACUUACUAAUUUUUCAGUUUCCCUUGUAUUGGUUCAGUAUGCCAGCAAUCAUGAAGGGCUGGAUGGACAGAGUCUUGGUCGAAGGAUUUGCUCACGAAUUUCCAGAUUGUUACGGUUCUGGUUUGCUUAAGUAGGACUGCAUGAAUCUGUCAUGGGUGGCAUACUAGAACAGAUGACAAAGAUUCCUGUUCUGGGAUUGAACGUCAAAG